AUGAAAGCCAAAGUCCCAAAGGACUUCAAAGCUCCCAACAUGACCCCGUACGACGGCACAUCGGAUCCAAGCCAUCACCUCAGCAAUUUCAGAAGUAGAAUGUAUCUCACCGACGCCUCGGACGCUAUUCAAUGCAAAGCUUUCCCAACGACCCUAACCAAGACAGCAAUUAAGUGGUUUGACACUUUGCCCCCCAGAUCCAUCACAAGUUUUGACGACCUGGCUAAGAAAUUUCUUUCCCGAUUUUCCAUCCAGAAAGACAAAGCCAAACAUGCCCCAAGCCUAUUAGGAAUCAAACAAGGAGAUCAGGAGAGUCUUCGUAGCUACAUGGAGAGGUUCAACAAAGCAUGUCUGGACAUACAAAGCCUACCGACGGAAGCAGCCAUUAUGGGUCUCAUCAAAGGCCUGCAAGAAGGACCUUUAGUCACUUCAUAUCAAAGAAACAUCCGACAUCUCUGA